AUGUCACCCAUCCUACACAUAUUCAUCUUUCUGCUAGCAUCAACGCAACUGGUUGUUGCUAGGCUGGGCAAGGAUGGUUUGCCUGCAUGGGUGAGAACAAAAGAAUGGUCUUUGUUACGAGAUCAAAUAGAAGCAGAUGUUGUAGUGUCCAAGGAUGGGACCGGGGACUAUCGAACGAUUAUGGACGCAGUGGAAAAUGCUCCGAACAACAGUGGCCAUAAAGAUAUCAUCUACGUGAAGAAGGGCUUGUACCUGGAGAACGUUCAAAUCAGUGCAAGGAAAUCGAACCUUAUGCUGCUCGGAGAUGGAAUGAGCAACACCAUUAUUUCCGGUAACAGCAGCAACGACGGAGUCCACUAG